GGAGGAGGAAGCUGCGGCCGCCCGCGGUGGACGCCCUCAGCCCCCGGGCAUUGCCGUAGGGCGUUCAGCCUAUUCUACACACAACACGCAGAUUGAUCUUCUUUCACCUUUUCCACACUUGGCAGCAAAACAAGCCAAGAGGAGGAACGGACACAGCCCUGGUAGUUGUGGCCCGGCCCUCUUUCUACAGAUAUGGCAAACAAGGGGAACAAGAAACGUCGGCAGUUCUCCCUGGAGGAGAAAAUGAAAGUUGUGGAAGCUGUGGACUCAGGCAAGAGGAAAGGCGAUGUGGCAAAAGAAUUCGGUAUCACUCCUUCUACUUUGUCUACAUUCUUAAAGGAUCGUGCCAAAUUUGAAGAAAAGGUGCGGGAGGCAUCUGUGGGACCCCAGAGGAAAAGGAUGAGGAACGCUCUUUAUGAUGACAUUGAUAAGGCUGUUUUUGCUUGGUUUCAAGAAAUCCAUGCCAAAAACAUUCUUGUGACUGGUUCUGUCAUUCGGAAAAAAGCACUAAACUUGGCCAACAUGCUUGGCUAUGACAAUUUUCAAGCAAGUGUGGGCUGGCUGAACAGAUUCCGGGAUCGCCACGGAAUUGCUUUGAAAGCAGUCUGUAGAGAGGACAGUGACAGAUUAAUGAAUGGUCUAGGAAUAGAUAAGGUUCACGAGUGGCAUGCAGGGGAAAUUAUAAAACUAAUUGCUGACUACAGUCCAGAUGAUAUCUUUAAUGCUGAUGAGACAGGAGUGUUUUUCCAGUUGCUUCCCCAGCACACACUUGCUGCUAAAGGGGACCAUUGUAAAGGGGGCAAGAAAGCAAGGCAGAGGUUGACAGCACUCUUUUGUUGCAAUGCUUCAGGGACUGAAAAAAUGAGACCAUUGAUUGUUGGUAGGUCAGCCAACCCACGCUGCCUCAAGAAUGUCCAUUCCCUCCCUUGUGACUACCGAGCCAACCAGUGGGCAUGGAUGACACAGGAUCUGUUUAAUGAGUGGCUGAUGCAAGUGGAUGCCAGAAUGAAGCAGGCAGAACGCCGGAUCCUCCUGCUGAUCGACAACUGCUCCGCUCACAACAUGCUUCCACGCUUGGAAAGGAUUCAGGUGGGGUAUCUGCCCUCAAACUGUACUGCUGUCUUGCAGCCACUGAAUCUUGGCAUAAUUCAUACCAUGAAAGUGCUGUAUAGGAGCCACCUUCUAAAACAGAUCCUCCUCAAGUUCAACAGCAGUGAGGAUCAAGAAAAAGUGGACAUCAAGCAGGCCAUUGAUAUGAUUGCUGCGGCAUGGUGGUCAGUCCAGCAGUCCACAGUGGUGAAAUGCUGGCAGAAGGCAGGUAUCAUCCCUGUGGAACUGACAGAUUCUGACACAGAAGCUGCCAGUGAACCAGAUAUUGCCAUUGAAAAGCUGUGGCGCUCAGUCGCUAUUGCCACCUGUGUCCCAAAUGAAAUAAAUUUCCAGGACUUUGUUACUGCAGAUGACAAUCUCAUCAUCUCUCACGAGCUGCUGGACACAGAGGUCAUCCAGGACAUGGUGGCUGGCGAAAGUACUGAUGAAGCUGGAAGCGAAGAUGAGGCGGAGGCAUCUGUACCACAACAGCCAAAAAUCACCAUCACAGAGGCCAUCUCAAGUGUACAGAAACUUAAACGGUUCCUUUCCACUUGUGUAGGUGUUCCUGAUGCCAUUUUUGGACAGCUAAAUGGCAUAGAUGAAUAUUUAAUGAGAAGAGCAACACAAAUUCUUGUUGAUUCCAAACUUACAGAUUUCCUCCAAACAAAAUAAUGUUGAAAUUAACUGCCUCUUUUAAUUUAGAAGAUGUAGUUUACAUGAAUAAAUAUAUCUUUAGGUAGGAUAUUGAACUUAAAUUUUAAGCAAUAUUAUUACGACAACAUUCCAGUUUCUGAAAUAAUCAGGAAACUUUCUUGAAUGAAAUUUGGGGCCCAAGGCUUUUCGUUUCUGACAAGUUGCCAGGUGAUGCCAAUGCUGAUGUGGUCCAAGGUCCAUGCUUGAGAACCACUGGUCCAGCUGGAUUCUAGCACUUCUCUCUUUAGCUGUCCAUCUGAAUACUCCCGAUCACUGACUGUCAACAACAAAAAAAAAGUAUCAGCUAUUCUUACUGCAGAGCUGUUAACUCCUUCCUGCUGAUUUGAUAGCUCCAGAACCUUCUUAGCUAUUCUCUUGAAUGCCCCAAUAAGUAUUCAAUAGAGGUACAUCUGUCUGUGCCAAAAGAGUUAACAAGAGCCAACUAGCCUAUCAAAGCAUCAUUUAGUACUUCAGGAUUAUUAUUAGUAGGGUGCUGGGGUAGAGGGAAAUAAAGUGCCUGAAAGAGGAGACAUGAUACAAUCUGGAAGGUGUGGUAAAUAUCAGAGAAUGCCGUUAAUCAGGACCAUGGGAGAGGACAUACAUCCCAAUGUACCUCUCAAAUCCAGACAAGGUGAGAUGAACAUGUGUGGGAGAGAUGACGUGUGUGAGAGUGUUUGGGUUAUUUGGAUAAUCCACAGUGCUCCUCUCCGCACCUGUGGAUAAUCCAGCCUCAUGUCAUUAGUAGGAAGGUACACUAUGUUUGCCUUCACUAAAAUCACUUCAUAAAUCACCCUUAUUCCUUUGUGUUUGUUCUUCAGAGAAGUCCGCUAGAGCAGAGUUAUUUAAAACUGUAUAAAUUUAUCAUCAAAUUUACCUUAAAGUUUUUAUCCUAUAAAAAAAGGCAUCCUUUAAUAUCCUUUAAAACCCUAGUAUCUAUUUCCUAAUGAGUCAGGUAAGUGUCAGUUUCAUUUUUAGAAGGUACACACAAUACCUGUUAACUGUUGUAGUGUAGGUCCCCACCCCAGGUUGAUUUUGUGGCUAUUUCAGAAACCCAUAGCAAUUCAGUUAUUAUUCUUUCUGUACUUAAUUGAAACAGAUGUGUAAAGAUUAAUCUUAAUCAUAGAAAGUACUGCUUCCACGUUGAACAAAACAAAACACAUACACACACAAAACAGCAGACAUUUAAAUAGAUGAGUUUUUAAAGCUUAUUUUGGAUAUUUUUCCUUUUAAUGAACUAGUAUAAUUUGAACUAAAAGUACUAUACAUAUUUUAAAUUAUUAACACAUAGGAGAGGAAAACAAUGUCUCCUGGCUUAGUCCUGUGGUUCUGUCUCAUUGUCAGCACCUUAAUUGCUCUCAUCAUCUGUGUCAGGAUUAGUAACAAAACUUCUAGUUUUUUCCCUCAUCUUUCUCCUGAAGUCCAUUUUGCACAUAAUGUUAGAUCUCUUUCCCCUUCCCAAGUGUCUGUGGUGGCUCUCAAAUGCCUACAAAAAUAAAAAGACUAUUCAGCUGAGUGUUAGCACCCUCUGGAGUUGACUGCUUGGUCGCUCAGUACAAUUUAGUGUGUGUGUGGCCCCACCAUGGGCCAUUGUCUUCACUCCAUAUCCAUGUCUGCUAGUGUGCCUUUGCCUGAAUGCCUCACCCUGUUCUCUACCAAGCUGGGCCUUACACAUUCUUCAAGAACUAACUGGAGUCCUCUUUCUUCCAGCCUUUCUUGAAGAUUCCAGCACCAGCUCCACCCUUCUCUCCCUCACCUCCUUAGCACUUUUGUCUCUAACCAUUCAGUUAAGCAUUUAAAUGUUUUGUUAAUGUUCUGUGGCUCUUUAACUAGACUGUAAGCUCCAUGAGAGUAGGGACCACUCAGCCUUUGUAACCUUAAAGGUGCCUAGCACUGUGCUAGGAACAUCAUAGGCACAUCAAUAAACAUUUGUGUAUAAACUGACAUACAAGUAAUGUCAAAGCCACCUUAUUUUUAAAGCUGCGUGAAGCAUUGAUCCUACCAGAAAAUGAAUUGGAGAUAAGGUAGGGCCAUCCUCUAUUUAAAAGGAUUUGCUGAAUUUUCCUGUGAAUAUCAUUGUUCAUAUAUUA